AUGGCAAAGGAUCGUGGCUUGAGCGGUGCGAUUGUUACGGAACAUUUGCACCUGGACCGUAACCUUGACGUUUUUGUACACAAAGAUUUGGUGAAUCAAUUGGCCGACCAUCAACUCGAGGGCGUUCGGUUCCUGUACAGUCAGCUGCGUGAGUAUACGGGAAUUUUCCUGAACGAUGAAUCUGGCCUGGGAAAAUGUCAUCAGGUGCUUGCGCUUCUUUCGGCCGCCACCCGUUCCGGAGGGCGCUCAAUAGUGGUGUGUUCGAGUCGCAAAAGGAUCGAUCAUUGGGCGUACCACUUGGAUAAUGUAUCGCUUCCGGAAGCAUUUGCUAGUUCCCGAGUGGUGCUCGGGAAUCGCCAAGAGCUGUUGACCAAAGAAUGGAGGAGCGGUUCGUGGGAGUAUGUGGUUGUGGAUGAAACGGAUUGUUUUAUGACGGCCGCGGAGCUAGAAACCUUACAGAUGCUUACGGUAGAGAAAUUUAUUUUCGUAAGUUCCGUGGAUUUACUGGACCAAUUGACGGUGCUAUCCGAUCGGUUACCGUUUUGCUGUGAAAGUAGAACCAGCACGGUGCGGGAUUGCAUAGAGCAACAGCGCAAACGGAACAGCAAGGCAAACCGGUUAAAGACCUACCUUUGCACCAGGCCGUUCCGUUUAAGAAGGCACGCAACGAGCUAUCGGAAAGUGUUGCCGAUCAUCGAGAAGCACGAAUUUGAGAAGCGGUUUCAAGCGUGGACUCUCGCUCGGACUAGCGGCGACACUCUACCAGUGGACACCGAUCAGGAGUCACAGGGUGAAGAGAACAAAACCAUGACCCCGGCGUUACUCAGCAGCACACACCAAAGCACGGUCGAGUCGGUUAGAAGAGAGGUCCCGCUGCAGUUCGCGGAUAGCGAACCACUGUUUGAGCCGUUCGAAACGGGCACGGAACAGAUGCCGGUGUUACGCGUCACGGAUUCGGACUCGCCGGCGGAGCACAGUCCCGGAGCGUGCGAGAUACCGGAAACGGCUCCCGAUUCGGAGGACUACCUCCCGUUUGGGCAGGAUAUUUCGGGCGCAAACACCUCGACACAGCCCGUAGAGUUGGCCGACGAGCGGUAUCGGUUUCCGAUAGAAAAAUUCAACCGCACCCACCGACCGUCCAAAUCAUCCGGCUCUUCGCCGAGCGUAGAAAGUGUGCCGAACGGGCAGCAGCCUCCAGGGCCGACGGAAGUGCUAGUGGUCAGCUCGUCGGCCGAAUCCGUCAGGCACCCGAAAUCGCCCUCACUCUUCGGGGACACGGAUAAUGAUACCGCCUCGAUAGACUCGGCGUCGUCGGAUGAUGAGCUUACGCUGGCGGACAUUUUGGCCAAAUCUCCGGGAAACAUUGUUCCGGUUAGGAAUGAAGCUUCUUUGGCGGUCCUUCGCCAGGCGUCCUGCAGCACACCGAUCGAGAAGCUGAUCCGUGGUCCCCUGCACCACGGCGUGACACCAGUGUCACCGGAAAACGUCUCUUCCGGGGACAUGUUUGCCGAUUCGUUGGUCGUAGAACCCACGACCGCAGGGCCGGCGGAUAAUGUGUUCGAGAUUACGAAAAAUAAUGCCUUUGCCAAUCGCAUUGUCGUGCACGAGGACGCGGCGAGGGGAGGCAUUCCGAUGCUCCGGCUCGAAGGUGACACUUCCGAGGACGAGGUGCAGUUCGUCGACGUUACAGAGCGCAACGCGCAGCUCAUCGAUUUGGACAGUGAAAUGCCGGGAACACCGAAAUCGUUCAACAAUUCGCGAUGGAACAAGCUGGAAGCUUUGCGAACGCCACAAACGGGACCGCCGCCGAGUGGUUCAUCGACUUCGAGUGGUUGGCUAGGGAAGAGUCUCCGCAAAACCGGAUCCGGAUCGUCGGGCAGUACCACGCCCACCAGUAGCAAGCAAUCGCCACAGGCCGGACAAAGCGGGAGCAACCGGCGGACGGGUAGCGUGGGACGCUAUCCGACGAAACGGCGCCGUAAGCUGGACGAUCUGUUUCAAACUGUGGACCGCGGUGGGCGCGUGAUGGAAACGGAGAGAAUCCAGGGUCCAGGGAUCCCUGGACAUAGAAGUCCCCGGUUCGGUUCCGAUCGCAAAGGAAGGUAGCACAAUGGGUUGCUAUUUUAUCUAGACUUUUCUUCUGUAUACGGGAUAUGAUCAUG